UGCUCGGUAAGACUGACGUUAAUGCGCAUGCGUAGAAAUCGUCUGCGACUAUUCGAGAAUUCGCGCCGAACACCAUUACUACGCAGUUUGUCGAGAAGUACGGUGUUUCUUUCAAGUAUAGUCAAUGUCUUCGUACGAAUGAUAGGACUUAAAUCGAGGAAAGAGAAACAGCGUCACAUUAAAGAAAAUCGUAGAAAAAUGGAAGGAACAAUGACUGAAUUCGAAGAGAACGUGUCCUUCGAUGCCGACGACCCGGAUUUUGCUCCUAAGGUUACGCGUAUCGUGGUUACACAGGCCGUCCUUCGUAGCAUGCAUUUUACCGACAUUACCUUCGGAGUCGACAAACUCGCAACGUAUCAAAACAACAUGUCCGUCACUUCGGUCCAACCUGCUUCUGAAAGUCUUUCACGUCAUGGGAGUAACGUGUCCCUCUCUUGUCACAGUUUAUGCGAUAGUGUAGACGAUGGUCUUCAAGGUUCUCAUCCUCAAUAUCAAGAUACGAUUCUAACCAUCGAAGAAUUACGUGCUCAAUUGAACUCAUGCUUUACGUGUGGGGUCUCUUGGAGCGAGGAACAUGUCUCUCUUGAUUGUAGUGAAUGUGGUGGUUAUUCUCUUCAACGACCUUGUCCACUUUGUGAUGGACGUUGUCACACGGCAUGGAAACGUGAUCUCACCAUGUCUCAUGCAAGUGGUAAAGCAAGAUGGAUCGGUGAAUGUGCUCUCAGUUGUGGACCUUCUCUCGAAGAAUCUUUGGUACCAGCUUUGGAAAAGCUAAGGGCAACCUCGUGAAUUUAUCGUCAACAUUAUCAUCGCCAUCAUAAUCGUCAUCAUCAUUAUCGUUGCAUUGUCGAUAUUUUCGAGCAAUGUCAUCGUCGAGUCGGGCAACAACGCAACAACCAUUGCACAAGACUUAAUAAUCCAUUUCACUAAAUCCCGUUUAGUGUUUCUCAUCAUCCAAUGAUCAUCAUCAUCAUCGGUGCGACAUGAGAUGUGUGAAUGUGGAUUAUUUUUUAGAUAUAUUGAGAAAGGGAGAGAGAGAAAAAAAGAGACAGAAUAUUCGUACAAACUUGAACAAAAAAAAAUGAUUCCGAAGAAAUUUACAGAUACACAUUUCUAAACAAAAUCAAAAGAAAAAAGUAUUGUUGUUAAAGCAGAAGAAGAAUCGUUUUCAAUCUACUGUACUUGAGAAUCCUUGCUGAUUGUACUACUUGGAUAGAAUUAGAAAAAUAGUUUUCAAAAAUCACAAAAUCUCUCGAAUGUCAUAUUAGAAAUCGACUAAGAACAAAUUAUCUCCAUUAAGUUAAAAAAAAGCCGACGUCUUACUAACCAAAAUAUAAUUGGACUUGCAUAUAUCACAGAUAGAGAAGAAAUAUAUGUGCGUGUAUAUAUAUAUAUGUAUAUAUAUAUAUAUAUAUAUACAUGUAUAUAUAUUAUAUCACUGAAGAGAUAAAUUUCAGAAAGAGCGAGAGGAAAAGAUAUUUUUCUCGACACAAAUAUUGAGCUAAUAAACAUCUCGAUUUUAAAAUUUAAUUAAACAAUUAAAAACAGAAAAAAGCAAAAAUAAGUAAAAAAAGAAUAUGUGUGUGCAUGCGUAUACAGUUUGAAAGGUUGAAAUAAUUAAAUUUCUUUUUUUUCCUUUUUUUCUCUUUCUUUUUCUAUAUAUUCAUUAAACUUUAUUCGAGUUUGUAAUUAAGACGGCAAAGAAAAUAUAAGACUUUGGGCAUACAAUUAAAUAAAUAAAAAAAAAUAAAAAAAUAAAAUAAAAAAAAUAAAAAAAAUAAAAAAAAAAAAUAAAAAAAAAAAACAAGAAAUAAUUAUUUGUGAUUUAUAGAACGCAUAUAAAAUUGAAUUGAAUAAAAAUGCGUGUUCUCGCGUUCGUGUGUAAUAUAUGAUCUUCGCUAAUAAUCUAACUCUAAUCAUAAUCAUUUUAAAUCUUUUAAUUAAGAUUUCGAGAUCGAAAGUCCUUUAUUUUGCAUUUACUAUAUCAUCAUCGAAUUAUAUUAUUCGAUGGAAUUAAUGGAUCAUGGAAUUAUUAAGUAGACUACACGGAUUCUUGUUAAAGACUGUAAGAGAAAGUUUAAGGGAAAAAAGAAUAAUAGCAAGCAACAAAUGCAUUAAUUGUUUUGCAAAGAAAAUAUUGUAACAAAUUUUAUCAAUCGAUGUCGCUUCUUUUUUUACAUGUUAACUAAAAAAUGUUAAAUUUAAGGAUAAUUUUUUUUUCUGUUUUAGAUAUAAGCCGUUGAUUAUGAAAGUGUGCACCAAGUUAAAAAUUAAAAUAAAUUAAUUUAUUGCGUAACUCGUAUACUAAUUAUAUAUACGAAUUGAAGAAACGCUUAAACAUUUUUUACUUAAAGCACACUUUCAUUAAAUAUCACGUGACAAUUAGACCAAAUUAUAUUUGGUCUUAGAUGAAUUCGAAAGAUUAUAAAUGAUAAAAGAAAUGUUAAUGAAAUCAUUCAUUGGACCGCGUACGUGUAGAUUAUGAAUAAUAGUUCAAUUUAUUAAUCACAUCGCAAAUAGACAACGAGCAAAGUUUUUUAAACAAACAAAAUUCUUCUUUUUUUUUUUGUUUAACGUCGCUCGUUGUUUAAUUUAUACAUAUGGUUCCUAAAUGGAUUUACCGAUAGGGAUGUCGAUAAGUCCGUGUAAAUUAGUCGAAAGCGGUGAUAUAUGAAGAUUCUUUUGCGUUUUUCAUUUAUUUUUCUUGUCUUUCUAUUGAAAUUUAAUAAUACUAAUAAUAAUGAUAAUAUUGCACAUAAUGAUUCAAUAUCGACAUGAAUUUUCUCUUGCACAAUACAACAUUUGUAAACUUUCGCCGCCAGUACGUAUCGCAUUUUCGAACGUGAAAAACAUUUUUAUUCAUUAAAUAUAAUAUUAAAGUUAAAUUGUAAAUUACGAAAUUUUUGAACAACAAAAAUCAAAAGUAUUGGCUUCUUGCCGAACAGCUUAAUUUUUCAAAUUACUUUAGAAAAUGUCUUCAAUAGAGUAAUUUUUAUUUAAUCUUCUUUAAAAUACUUAUUUAUGACGAUAAUAUUUAAAUUAUGGGCAUAAUAAAUGAUAUUUCUCGGAUUA